UCACAGCCCAGCCCGAGGCCCCAGUGUGUGUUCUGAGGCUGUAGUUAGAAUCCCUGGUCCCCAGAGACAUUUUGCAAAGCGAAUUUAGUGAACGCUUCCCACGGGACGUUUGUGAGUUGGUGAGUACUAGAAGGCCUCCUGUCAACAAGGCCCAUAUAGAGAUGGUGGGGAUGGGGGGGCGCUGUGUGGGAGUCCAAGGUGUUGAGAGUGCUCCGGAUGCCACAGCCAUUUUCCAGCAGAGAAAGGGGGGACUUUGAGCUGUGAGUUGGAGCUUUAUCAGGGCAACAAGUCUCGUCUGCUCCGUUCUGUCUGUGAUCUUCAGGGCUAACCACCGCAUAUGGUUCAGAGUCGGUGUUGAAAUACAAUUUGUCCCUCAGUCAAUUAAUUCUGUGACCCCAUACUUUGGUCCUCAGGUGAAUGGGACAUGAGCCCAGCCUGACCCUGCUUGUUCUCUGGGUCCCUUGAGGAUAUGCCUUUCAUCCUCACAGCCUGUCUGGGUGCAGGGAGGAGGUGUGAAGAGGCGGAGUGAGAGCGAAGGGGUGGGUGGGGGGUUUGCUCAGCCCCGUCAGUUCCUGGAACUGGGGCCUAGGCCCCACAGCUUGGCCAGAGCCCCUGUGUGGGCUGCUCUGUUUGAUUCAUUUCAAGACCUACUGAGGAGGCAUCUUCAGGCCCCCCAGCAAUAACCUGGAGCCUUGUGUUCCUCUCAAGCUUGUCCUGCCCUGGCAUGCUCGCCAGAGGCCCUGGCCUGGGCUGGGACUCUCCAGCAGCUGGAGCCCGUGGGGUACCCCCCAUCCUGCCUGCUCUGCCAUCAGAUAGGUGUAUGAUGGGAAAUCCUGUGGCUCUGACUCAGAAAGGAGCCCCCUUCUGCCUUCCUGACUCACUUCCUCAUUUCACUGGCCGUUUUGCAGCAUGGCACGGGCGCCGGAGCACACAGCCUGGGCCUGCUUCCAACUCUGCACCUUUGUUAGCAGCUGCCCACGUAGGCAGGAGACUGGCCUUCUCCAAGCCUGUUUCCUAAUUUGUAACGGGGAGCCACCACACCUGCCUUGGUGGUUGAUGGUGGUCUUCAGUGCAGUAAUGGAUGCACAGUGUCUGCCCAGUGCCUCGCACACAGUCCAUGGCCUCACACAUGGGGACUUUGUCAUUGAAAGUUGGUGGCAUUGACCCAACCCACAGAGCCUCCUCUGGCAUUCAAAGGUCAAGGCCCAUGAGUGGCCUUCAUGCCCAUUGGGGCAAUCACAUGGCCACAGAGAAACCCCCAGGGUGGGGGAUGGGGUAGGGGCAGGCAGGAGACAUGUUACCUGUUGUUAUGGACUGUGUUUCUGAAAAAGACAUGUUAAAGUUUCUACCCCUUGCCCCCCGCCCCCAAAUACCUGUGAACAUCACCUCGCUUGGAAAUAGGGUCUUUUCAAAUGUUAUCAGUUAAGUUCACAUGAGGUCAUAGAAGGCUAGGGUGGGUCCAUGUAAAAGACGAGAGGAGAGACAGACAGACACAAAGGGAAGAUGGCCAUAUGAAGACAGAGGCAGAGAUGGGAGUGAUGCAGCCACGAGCCAAGGAGCGCUGAUGGUCACCAGAAGCCAGGAGAAACAUGGGAGAAUUCUCCCUAGGAGCCCUCAGAAGCAAUCACUUCGGCUGUUCCAGACUGAAUCGUGUCCCUCAAAUAUGUGUAGGACCCUAACUCCUAUACUUAUGGGUGUAAUCCCAUUUGGGAGUAGGGCUUUCUAUGUUCUAUUAAUGAGGUCGUAGGAUCAUCAGAGGGUGUGUUUUAAACCAGUGACUUCUGAGAUAUGAAAAGGGCAGGUGAGACACAGAGAAGCAAGCACGAGUGGGGGAAAGAUUGAUGCCGCAUGCAGGUCUCUAAGGAAUACCUAGAGUGCCAGAGGAGAUAAGACAAGGAUUUUCUCCAGAGCUGACAGCAAGCCUUAUGCUAGAGCUGGAGCCCUGAAUUGAAACUUCUGUCCUCCUAAACUGUGAGAAAAUACAUAUCUGUUCUUUAAAACUAUCCCCGUGUGGUAUUUCUGUUAACGGCAGCACUAAGAAAUGAAGACCAUAGCCUAUAGGACUCCUGGCCUCCAGAACUGUGAGAGAAUACACUUCUGUUGUUUUAAGCCGCCCAGCCGCCCCAGGACAUUUGAACACCUGUUGAACAGUGCUGGUGCCAAGGUGUGUUUCCUGGGGGUGUGUUGCUGGGGGAAGGCCUGUGAGGACAGGCUUCGGAAACCCCAUUUGGGAGGCAUGGAGGCUGCUCACCGUAGCUCAGCAGAUGUUUGUAAGUUCAAUCAGUUCUUGAGAAAAGAUUUUUCUACUUGAACUUGUUCUCCGUUUUGAAGAGCAGAUUUACAAUAAAAAGGAUGCCUUAGAGCUAAAAGGCAUUUUAGGAGGCAUUUCCUAGGGUGUGGUCUAGCUUGCGAUGGAUUGUUAAGAGCCUGUUCUGUCUGACGCUGUUUCCAGGCAGUUGGUCAGAUGCUGCCCCAGCUGCCUGUGGGGCCUUUGACUGAGUGGGCCAUGCCACUCUCUUGCUCACAGACCCUCACUGGCUCCCUAUUGCCCACAGACUAAAAUCCACACACCUUUUUGAUUCCCAUGCUAUCCAAGUCACCGGACCUGCCCCCCGGCACUGUUCCUUCCGGCCCCCCUUGUUAGCUCGUCACAUGCCCACUCUGCAGCCUGAACUCGGCCUUAUACUUUCCCACCUCCAAGCCUUUGCUCAUGCUGCUGUAUCUGCUUGUUACACCCUUCCCUGCUUCUCACCUUAUCCAGACCCUGCUCAUCCGUCUCGUCUCAGUCAGGCAUUCCUUCCCUGCUCCGUGAGCCCCUCCACGGAUCCCUUAAUCAGAAUCAUUGUUCCAUUCUCCAGCAUUGUAGGUUGAAUUGUGUCCCCAAAAUGUAUGUGUUGAAAUCCUAGCCCAAGUAUUUAUAGAUAUGACCCUGUUUGGAAAUAGGGUUUUCUUUUGUUAACUUAAUGAAGCCAUACCAGAGUAGGGUGGGUCUUAAACCUAAUCACUUCUGUGUUAGAAAAAGAGCAGAAUGGACCCCGAGGCACAUAAAGGGGAAGGACAGCAUAUGAGCAGACAUACGUGGCGGUGGCAUCUGCAAACCCAGGACCUUCACGGACUGCAGCAGCUACUAGAUGCUGAAAGAGACAAAGAGUAGACCUCCCCCUAGAGCUACGCCCUGAAUCUGGACUUCUAGCCUCCAGAACUCCCCAACAGGUGCCAUGACACAGCAGCCCCAGGAGGACUUCAAUAGGAGCGUGGAGGAGGCGCGGGCAUGGAUGGAGGCCGUGGAGGAGCGGCUGCAGAUCAAUGACAACACGCAGGGGCCCCGCACCGCCCUGGAGGCCAGGCUACGUGAGACCGAGAAAAUAUGCCAACUGGAGCCCGAAGGCCGCGUGAAGGUGGAGCUGGUGCUAUGCUCGGCCGAAGCCCUCCUGGCAUGCUGCCUCGAGGACCAGAAGCCCGAGAUCCUGGUCCGGCUGAAGAACAUCAAAGCCCAGUGGGAGGAGACGGUUACCUACAUGACUCACUGUCACAGCCGCAUCGAGUGGGUGUGGCUGCACUGGAGCGAAUACCUGUUGGCCCAAGAUGAGUUCUACCGCUGGUUCCAGAAGAUGAUGGUGACCCUGGAGCCCCAAGUGGAGCUGCAGCUGGGCCUGAAGGAGAAGCAGUGGCAGCUGAGCCACGCCCAGGUGCUGCUACACAACGUGGACAACCAGGCUGUGCUCCUGGACCGACUGCUGGAGGAGGCAGCUGCCCUAUUCAACAGGAUCGGGGACCCCAGCGUGGACGAAGAUGCCCAGAAGAGGAUGAAGGCCGAGUAUGAUGCCGUGAAGGUUAAAGCCCAGGACCGAGUGGACCUGCUGCAGGAGGUGACCCGGGAACACGCGCAGUACCAGGCGGACAUGGACGAGUUCCAGCUAUGGCUGCAGGCAGUGGUAGAGAAGGUGAACAGCUGCUUGGGGCGGGCCUGCAAGCUGACCACCCAGCACCGUCUGUCCACCUUGCAGGACAUCGCCAAAGAGUUUCCCAGGGGCGAGGGGUCCUUGAAGAGGCUGGAGGAGCAGUCCGUGGGCGUCAUCCAGAACACCUCUCCUUUGGGUGCCGAGAAGAUCACCAAAGAGCUGGAGGAGCUGCGGAAAGUUCUGGAGAAGCUGCAAGUCCUCUGUGAGGAGGAAGAGGAGAAACUGCAGAAUGUGCUCAAGUCCAAGGGCGCCUGCGAACGGCAGAUCAGGCAGCUGGAGGCAGAGCUCGGAGAGUUCCAGAAGAGCCUCCAGAGGCUGGCCGAGGAGGGCUUUCAGCCUGAGGUGAAGGCGGGGACUGAGGACGAGCUGGUGGCCCGCUGGAGACUCUACUCGGCGGCGCGGGAGGUGCUGGCUGCGGAGGAGCCCCGCGUGCACCGGCUGCAGGCCCAGCUGAAGGAGCUCCUGGUCUUCUCCCAGGACACGCAGCCUCUCUCCGACAGUGUGGUCGCCGCCCUGCAGGAGUACCAGAGCAUGAAGGGAAAGAGCACCAGGCUGCGCAACGCUGCAGGCGUGGAGCUGUGGCAGCGUUUCCAGCGGCCCCUGCAGGACCUGCAACUGUGGAGGGCCCUGGCUCAGAGGCUGCUGGAUGUCACUGCCAGCCUGCCGGACCUGCCCUCCAUCCACACCUUCCUGCCCCAGAUCGAGGAGACAAAUCCUUCCCAGAAGCCCCCAGCAGACUACUUCCUCUUACAUUCCAUUGGCCAGACCAAGUCCUGUAACCAUCCCUGGACCAAUCACCGGGCUGCCCUGGCAGAAAGCUCCCGCCUGAAGGAGCAGCUGACAAUGCUACAACUGAAAACAGACCUGCUGAGCAGCAUCUUGGGCCAGGAGCGAGCCACAGCCCUUCUGGAGCAGGUGGCGAGCUCCAUGAGGGACCGUGACCUGUUACAUACCAGCCUGCUGCAGAGAAAAAGUAAGCUUCAGAGCCUGCUGUCUCAGCACAAAGACUUCGGGGCUGCUUUCGAGCCCCUGCAGAAGAAGCUCCUGGCCCUCCAAGUCAGGGUGCAAGCCGAGCGUGGGCUUCAGCGGGAUCUUCCUGGAAAACAGGCCCAGCUCUCAAGGUUGCAGGGGCUGCAGGAAGAGGUGCUGGACCUGGGGGUGCAGAUGGAGGCAGCAAGGCCUCUCACCCAGGGGAGCCCCAACCACCAGCACAAAAUGGACCAGCUCUCCUCUGACUUCCAGGCUCUGCAGAGGUCCCUGGAGGACCUCGUGGAGCAGAGCCGGCGGAGCGUGCAAGAGCACUGUGCCUUCAGCCAUGAGCUACUGGAGCUGCGGCAGUGGGUCUCCGUGCUCACCCAGAAGCUGGAGGCCCACCUGGGCGACACAGGCCCGUGGGAGGCUGAGGCCCGAGAGGCAGAGGUUGAGAGGUUGGUGGCAGAACUCCCUGAGAAGGAGGUCCAGCUGCCCCUGGUAGAAGCCCACGGCUGCCUGGUGAUGGAGAAGUCUUCUCCCGAGGGGGCUGCUGUGGUCCAGGAGCAGCUGGGGGAGCUGGCCGAGUCGUGGCGGGCCCUGAAGCUGCUGGAGGAACGUCUGCUGAGCCUCAUCAGAAACUGGAAGCUGCAGAGGACAGAAGUGGACUCAGGCAAGAAAGUGGUGUUUACCAACAACAUCCCAAAGUCAGGGUUUCUCAUCAACCCUCUGCACCCCAUUCCUAGGCGUCGGCUCCAGGGAAACCAGCUCCGGGAAGAAGACGGCCACAAAGAUUUCUCUCAGCUCCUGAAGGACUUUGAGCAGUGGCUGCAGGUCGAAAAUUCCAAGUUGGUUAGAAUCAUCGCCAUGAGAAUUGCCACAGCCAAGGACGUGAGGGCCAGGGCCAUGAAGCUGCAGGAGCUGGAGGCUCGGGUACCAGAAGGACAGCAUCUCUUUGAGAACCUCCUUCAUCUCGGGCCGGCAAGGGGGACCUCAGAUGAGCUGGAGGACCUGCGCUACCAGUGGAUGCUGUACAAGUCCAAGCUCAAGGACUCCAGCCAGCUGCUGACACAGAGUUCUCCUGGGGAGCUGACUGGAUUCCGAAAGGCGCGGCAGUGGCCAGGACUCGGCUCCCUCUUCCGGAAGGUGUGCUGCAUGGCGCUCCCGGUGCAGCUGUUGCUGCUGCUCUUCCUGCUCCUUCUGUUCCUGCUUCCUGUCGGGGACCAGGGCCGCAGCUGCACGCUGGCCAACAACUUCGCCCGCUCCUUCAAGUUCAUGCUCCGCUACGACGGCCCCCCACCCACCUAGCCCCUGGGCCACACGGGUGACUUUCUUCUCCAGCCUCCCGUCAGCCCCACGGCCCCUCUGGAGGAUGCCUGGGAAACUGGAAACAGGGCAGACCAGAGAGCACAGAGACGCAUCCGUAUGAGCACUGUGUCCCUGCUCCGAGGACAAAAUCACUUUUUAUACAGUAUUGUCUUGGUCUAUUUAUACUAAAUGUCUAUGUAUGUGCGGCUAGGGACUAAUGUAUAGACUUUUUAUAUGCUGUAUAUGUAAACGCUCAGUCUGUAUAAUUUCGUGUAUAAUCCGUCUAUUUGUAGUCGGGAAAAUUCCUAGCAGUUUGCUCCUCCGAUGGGAUUUUGCAGCAUUUUUGCCUUGGUCUUCAGCCCACCCCAGAAAUCAGGGAAAAUAACAUGACACUUAUAUGGCAACCUCUUAUCUGGAACCCAACCCCCAAACCCAAGUGUUGGCGACAAGGCCCCUGAGCCGUCAGCACAGAAAGAAUUGUGCCACCGGCCCUCACUCAGAGCCCAGCGACUCAUAGUUCAGGCACCAUCAGAACAAACACACUUGUCUAGGUUUUAAGAUAGCAGUGGAUUCGAGGCUGUGGAUACGAAGUAGAUGUGGGGGUGACCAGAGCAGGCAUGGUGGCAGCAGUGACAGGUGACAAGUAGGAGGAUGGUUGGUAUCAGGGGAGGAAAGGAGGAGCUGCACAGAGCAGACCAAGAACUGCCAGGCACAGUUGAGGCUUAAGUGCCCAAGCCCCAGCCCUCUGCCCGGCAGCGUGCAGGCACAGACCACUGAUGAAUGCCCUUGGUCAGGCUCCCAGGCUUCGGGAAAGGCUGAGCUCUGCUCACGUGCUCUGUUAGGGAGAAGGGAAGGAGAGCGGCCUCACUGUGAGAUGCCCUUGCAGAAUGGAGAAACAAAUUGGUGCAGCAUACCAUGUGCCAGUGCCAGGGAGGGACGGUCUCUGCUGUCCCUCUUGGGCUGAGUGGUCUAGCUGAAGGACAGAGGGAAGGAAGCACCUGCCACACAGGAGCUGGGGACCGAGGGACCAAGGCAGAUUGAGCUUGGCUCUCCCUUCCCCUCCCAGAAGGGGCUUUGCAGAGAGGUGGGUCCGCUGGGCCAAGAAUGCCCCCCACAUACCCCCAAACUAGGUUUUCCAUCUGGCCACCCAUAUAAGUUGUCCUCGGCGUACCACCUGGGAAAGGGCCAGGCUGACACCCUCUGGGCCUGAGGGCAGAAACAGGUCUCUUUCUUCUCCCAGGGAAUUCCGGGAUGGUUCCAGAAAACUUUAAAACUGGAUCACACUUUCUGUAAACCAACACUAAGUUUUCCCUUUUUAAAAAAUCCUUAAUGCCUCUUUUUACGAAUGGGUUUUCUCUGUUAAGCUACAAAUAGGAGACCAAGAAGGAAUUCCUCAGUCCUUAUACUAUACUGGACUUUGAAAUCAUAAAGUGUUAUAAACCCAGAGGGUCCUUUAAAGAGAGGGGAAACUGAGGACCCAAGAGAGUCUCAGGGCCAUGCGCUCUCCCCACUGCUGUCUUGCACACUCUGUCCCCCAGAAUCUGGGUGUCAGCUGGGCAGGGGAGCACUUGGCACUGACUCAGAAAACAUACUUGUCUCCAGCUAUUUGGCAACCAAGCCACCAGGCCCCUCUCUGCUGGCAUUACUGGAAACCAGGGGCGGAGGGAGCCAACCCUGCAGGCCCAGGCCACCAAGCCAGGUGUGUGCCGGGCUGAUUUGUCCCUCCCUGGAAGGUCUGAGCUAUGGAAGGGACCUUUGGCCGUUCCCGUUCCCACCCUCACAUUUCACAGAUGGGAGAGCUGAGGCCCAGAAGGCCCAGAGUGGGGACAUAACUUCCUCAUGGCCAUGUGGUGAGAACUGGCAAGGCCAGAGCUGAAAUUGGAUCACCUGACCUCGUGGGUGCCCUGCCUCUGGUAGCACCACCCACCCCAUAACAGUAACUUCAAAAGAGAAAGCAGCCCAGCAUCACUGCCCUGUCAUCUGUGCUUCGUGUUGGGGAGGAGGGACUGAGCUAUGUGGGGUGGGGAGGGAGCGUCUCUAUUUUUUUAAACUUUGAUAACAAUGCCCUAAAUUCUGCUUGUUUGUGUAGCUGUUUUUUUUUAUAAAAGAGAAUUGAUAUUUUCAUUACUUUUAUAUAAAUACAGUUGUGAUAUGAUAGAACAGUC